AUGAAUGAGCACGGAGAGUGCAUCGGCGAAGAUCCUACAAGUGAUGGGCUGGUUGCAGACAUGGUCAUACGUGCCGAAUACAGCAAAUACGGGGAACCCAAGGUCUCCACACUGGUAGAAACGUUCAACGGCAUCAUCACGUUAUACAUAGCCGUCCGACCCGCCAUUGCUGCUUAUUCUGUCCAGGAGAGCGGCAUGCAGCGAGCUGCCAUGAUGUCGCUGGACUGGAAGACGUCGAUCUCCACCGUGAGACCGUUUUGA